AUGUUCCCCACGGAUCGACCCCCCACGCCAGCGGACAUAGCCCGGCUGCAGGCUUUCAGACCCGAAGGCCGGGCUGAGGCAGAGCUGGCGACGGACGCUUACCUGCAUUCCCUCAUAAAGCGCCGCAGCGACAGCGUCGCGGAGCUUCUCGCGCUGUACACGAGCCCAGAGGACGCCCGCAAGGCGUACCCUGACCCGCCACCCUCACUGCUUCAAGUCACUGAUGGCGCAUCCUUGGCUGACACAGAGAAGGCGCCACAGGCGGCAACGCGCACCGGUGCUCCGUCCAGCGGCGCCAUGGCGCAGGCGCUAAAGAAGGCUCGGCGCGAGAAUGCCGCUGCGGCGCUCAGCGCAUCCCCUGGUGCCGCCGCAGCAGCGUCAACGGCCGCCCGUCCCGUGCCCGCCGCGGACGGGUCACCGACGGCCGUCUUUGUGGAUGGUGUGGAGCGGGUCAACUACCUCGGCAAAUCCUUCCUAGAGCCGCCGUCGAGCGUGCUGGAGCACAAGCAGUCCACGAAGCAGAAGGCGUGCCAGCCGCCUCGCACCAUGCGCGGUGUGUUCAAGGUACCAGAAGGCUAUGAAACAGCAGCCGACGCCGCCUCCGCGCCGGCAGCAUCUUCGUCCCUGGUGGGCCAUGGCGGUAACAGCGGCAGUGAGCGACGCUCUGGCAAGGCGCCUGGCGUGCAGCAGCUCCGCUGGGCCCCGCCUGCCUACGGCCAUCUCCUCUUCUCUGGCGACAUCAGUGGGGAGUGCCGGCUGUGGAACUCGUCGACACGCCAGCUAAUCGCCACCUUCGCGGCGCACACGCAGCCGAUCAAAAGUCUGGAGGUGACGACAAACGCCGCGAUCAUGUCGACCGGCUCAGUGGACGGCACCGUGGCCAUGUGGGACGUCGAGGCCGGCGUCUGUGCGCACGUGCUCACCAACCCAGACAGCCUCCCCGUCGUACAGCAUCUUCACCACCCCUCCGAUGAGGCGCACCUUCUGUUGGCUGCCGUGGACAAGAAGGUGGUUCUCUACGACGUGCGCGUUGGCUGCAGUAAGUACCAGCGCGAGUACACGGGGCAUAUGGGCACCAUCUUCAACCUCACGCUGCUGAGCAACGGUAGCAAGAUGCUCACCACCUCGGAGGACAGGACGCUGCGCACUUGGGACUAUCGAAGUCCGGUCCAGAUCAAACAGUUUGCUGAUGCGGCGAUGCACGCUAUCACGCACGUGCUGCACCACCCGACACAGCCGGAGUUCCUCGCCGCGCAGUCGCUCAACAACAAGGUGAUCGUCUUCCGCGACGACGGCGGCGGCCGUCUUCGACUCCUGCACGACCACGAGUUCACAGGGCACACCAUUUCCGGCACGCGAUGUCAGCUGAGCUUCAGCCACGAUGGCCGGUAUCUGUCGAGCGGCGACAUUGGCGGCAAGCUGUACGUGUGGGACUGGGCAGCGAAGAAGCUGGAGAAGUCCUUCAAGGCCCACGCGCAGAUGCUGGUGUCCCACCUAUGGCACCCGAUCGAACCCACCAAGGUGGUGACGGCUGCUUGGGAUGGCCACAUCAGGAGCUGGGUGUGA